AUGGCCCACGACUCGUACGAUGUGCAUGAGCCGACGGCGCCUCGUCGUCCCAAGAAGGACGCCUCGUUUCGCUCAUUCCUCUGCGUCAUCCUCAUCUUCUUCGUGUUGUGCGUACUCCUCGUCGUCAUCGGUAAUUGGCCCAGGAAAUCGCAGGAAGCACCGAAGAAGGAUGUCGAAGUUAUCAGCGAACACGACGGUCGAGAAUUCGAACGAAUUUAUAAGCUCACGACGCAGGAGAAUCCAAUUUUGACUACAGUUUUGUUGAGAAAGUUUACGACUACGACGACAACAACCACGACAACAACUACGACGACCCCGAAAACGGUGAUCCAAGAUGAAGAAAAAACUAAGAUUUCGACUACAACAACGCCGAAAAAUGGCCUGAUUGAAGAUUCUAAAUCUGGUUCUACUAUUGAAGAUAAUACAGCUAAUAACACAGUUGUAGAUGAAGAAAAUUCUAAGAAAGAAGAAACGAAGACGUUGACGACAACACCAAAAACUGGUUUGAUUGAAGGUACUAAAUCAGGUUCCAUCAUUGAAGAUAAAAAAGAAGAAACGAAGAUGUUGAUUUCGACAACAGCGCCGAAUAUUGGCGUUACUGAAGAUAACAACACUGAUCGUGAAGAAAAAGAUGAGAAAGAAGAAAGGAAAAAGCUGACAACAACUGGAUUGAUUGAAGAUACCAAAUCUGGUUUCACCACUGAAGAUAACAUCACCUACGAAUCGGUGAGCCAGGAUGAAGAAAAAUCUGAGAAAGAAGAAACGAAGAAGUUGACCACGACAACCACAACACCAAAAACUAGCCUGAUUGAAGCUACUAAAUCCAUGAUUGAAGACAACACCACCAAUGAUAAGAAAGAAGAAACGAAGACGAACACUACACCAAAAACUGACCUGGUUGAAGCUACUAAAUCCGAUAUUGAAGACAUCACCACUAAUAAGACAGAGGUGAAUAUGAAUGAAGAAAAUGGUAAGAAAGAAGAAACGAAGACGUUGACCACUACACCAAAAACUGACCAGACAGAAGAUACCAAAUCUGGAUUCUUCACUGAAGAUAACAGCACCAACGUAACGGUGAUUCAGGUUGAAGAUAAAUCAUCACCAAAAACUGUCCUAUUUGAAGGUACUGAAUCAACUAUUGUAGACAACAAAACUAAGAUGAACUUGAAUGAAGAAAAAGCUAAGAAAACGUUGACCACUACACCGAAAACUGUGGAAUUAUCGACUUUAGAGUCUUCUUCGGUAGAUUUGGAGUCGGAUACAGAAUCGUCGAUUGAGACUACUUCGAAAUUGACGACUGCACAAUCGAAGAGGGACAACUCUGAAUCGAAGAAAUCCAAGAGGAAGAGCUACAACGAUGAAGAUGUAUGCGAAAAGCCGUCCUGCAAAACAGCCGCCUCUCGGAUGCUGUCUUCCAUGGACUUUUCGCAAGAUCCUUGCGAAGACUUCCACGCCUACGCUUGCGUUAAUUACCGAUCGACGUCGCGCCGUUUCGAAGAUGACGAACUCUUCAAGUUGAUGAUGAAAGCCGAAGACCCAAUUCUUCGGAACUACAAGGAGUAUUACCAAAGCUGCACGCAGUUUCGUUACGAUUUGAACGAAGCAGCUCGAAUGAAGCAACUGGAAAACGUGAUUGUAAAAUACAGCAGCAACUACAAUAAGUUUAAAAUGUUCGCGAAGGCGAUGGCCUUGAACCAUUUUCAUUUCGCCGAAAUCGGAGCUACAUUGGGAUCCAACUCUACACCGAUUCUACAGCUACGUCUUCCGCGACGAAUUCCGGAGUUGUGGUUGAAUCCUCAAAAGUGUCGAAGCUCGAAUUUGCAAACAUCAAUUCAUAAAACAACUUGCUCCAACGAUUGCCUCGAGGGUCGAUCGCAGUUCGAUGAAGUCCUCGGUAUGUUCUCUGCGAAAUUCCCGAACAAACUGGAAAAUCAGUUGAAAGAAAUCUGGAAGAUUUACCCGAAACAAAUGAAAAUCAACGAAGAAAUGAAUUUGGGAAAUAGCAAAUUGUACACGAUCAGUGAGCUGCAGAAAAAGUGGUCCCAUUUCAAUCUGCUGACGGUCUUUCAGGUUUUGGACGUCAGCAUGGAAGCAACCGUUGAGGUAUUCUUCGAGGAUUACUUCCACGAACUGUUAACAAUCUUCAGCACAAUCGAUACGGAUUUCUUUAAGAAUUACAUUGCUUUAAGCAUGUUCUACGAGCUGAUCGUGAAGAGACCGACCGAAGACGUGGACAGUUACUGUCUGCGGGAAGCCACAGAAGCCUUCAACGAUAUCGCAUCUUACUUGUACUUGGAACACGUCAAUAUUUCUUCGAGCGUUUCUACCAAACUGCCGGAACUCUUCGAUUUGUUAAACGACAUUCUGAUGGGAGGUUUGGAUCACGCUAAACAAGUUAUGGACUUGAAAAGCGAAUAUAGACCGAAUUUGAGUCUGGUUUUGAACGACAAAAGCAAUGGCCCGAAACUUGAUGAUAUCACGAAGAAGUAUUCUGAAUUGAAGCUUCUGAGGAACACGUACGUGGAAAACUACUACAACGUUGGGUUAAUCAAGAGCAGAAGUAUAUUUAAUGCAGCCAAAGGAAACAUAUUUGGAAACCUCGUCAACAGCUUUGAAAAGAAACCGGUCAGCUUCUACUUAAGCAAUAACAUCUUUGUUCCUGCGGGUAGCUUGAUCGAAGCGGCGAAAGUGCCGAAGAAUCUGCUGACUUGGAAGGUGGUCUUUCCUCUGACGAUGGCGAUGGCCAAGUUCUUCGAUUAUGCCUCCUCCAAGAACUUCAUGGAUGCAGCAGAGAAGAAGGAUAACUAUAAAGUGGACGAUGAUGGUGCAAUAGAGGAAAUGGAAAUGAGCGAAGUGUCGGCAGGAAAUACGGCACUUCUUCUACUCGAAAUGGCGAUACACAACACUACGGACGACACGUUUUUCGGCGGCGAUGCGAAGAAUCUGCCGUGGAUCUCCAACAAUCACACGAGACAGCAGAUAAUGUAUUUGGGAGUGGCGCAAGAAUACUGCGAGGAUCUGCCGAAAUUGGAGAACAGAUUGAGAUCGUGCCAAGGUCCUUCGAUUCCUCCCGAGAAACGCGUCAAUAUGCUUGCAAGAAACUCGAUGCCAUUCAACCUCAACUAUAACUGUGUGGAAGGAUCCGCGAUGUACAAAUACGAGUUCGUUUAUCAAUUCCCAUUGAACAUUCUCAGUAUUCCGGAAAGUAAGGAGAAUGUUGAGGACAAUUAAGUUACGUUCUUUUUCAAACGAUCUAUAUACUUAUUAAAUACCAAAUAUUUGUUCGUUUCUUAUGUAGUAGUUAGUGAACAAAAUAAAUGUGGCAAAGCAAA